UAAUUUCUAUAUAUACACACAACUUUUCUUUCUUCUAACUUCUAAUGCAUGUCACCAAUUCUCCCAAUAACCAACUAAUAAAUUAUCACCUCAAUUCUCAUGGCGGAAACCGCCGUAAUCGCCAUCGUCAUCGUCGCGCUCAGCCUCAUCCUCAUUGGAGAUUCCUCCGCCAGGGAGCUACGGCCAUCUGAUCACGGCCUCGUCUUCCAGACAUUGUCGCCGACCGCUGGUGCCAAAUCCUCGCCGGAGAUGAGGUCAUUCUUCAACAGCGACAGCCAGAACUCAUCUCCGUCCUCCACCACCUCCUCCAACGUGGCGAUUCCUAGGGCCAUGAACUCCCCCGCUGCGCCGCCGUCAUGGCUCCGCGAAGCCUCUGCUGCCGUCGGUCCCAACGGCGGCGACCGAGUGUCGAAGGCGCUGAUGGCGGCGAGCGUGGUGUGUGGAACGGUCGGAGCGGUUCUGUUAUUGGCUUCGGGUUUGGUGUAUCUGUUGAAGUACCGAACGAAACAGAAACAAAAUGCAGCGUCGUUUGGUGGCGGUGAGGUCCGGAAUAAUCACAUUGAAAACGACGACGACAAUAACAAACUGCAGCUAGUGGUACGCGAGCCCUGAGCUGAGUUGAGUCUCGUUGUUGUUGACUUUCGCUACUACUUUACUACUACUCGCGUUUAUGAUUUUGAUUUUUCUACGUUGCAUGUAAAGGUUAGUACCUACCUUAGUGAUGAUGUAGUGGUGUAGAUUGGCAAUAAUAUAUAGUUAAUAGUGUUGCCUUGUAGUCAUGUUAAUGUUUAUUAUUAUUAUUAUUA